UGUGAGGGGAGGCCGCUUCCGGUGGUGCGGAGCGGGGGUUGACGGUGGCCGGGCUCCGAGGGGGGGUCCGCGGUGUGUCCUUGUGCCUCGUUCCGCCUCCUCCGCCCUCAUGUCGGCUCUGGAGAAGCAGCUGCACCUCGGCCGGCUCCCCCCGCGGCCCCCGCUGCCCGGCGGUGGAGGCCAGUCCGGCUCCAAGAUGCGCAUGGGCCCUGGAAGGAAACGUGACUUUUCACCAGUGCUUUGGAGCCAGUACUUUGAAUCUAUGGAGGAUGUCGUGGUAGAAAACGAGACUGGCAAGGAUACUUUUCGAAUUUACAAGAGUGGAUUGGAGGGGCCUGUCCUGCUGCUCUUACACGGUGGAGGCCAUUCUGCUCUUUCCUGGGCUGUAUUCACUGCUGCAAUCAUUAACAGGAUUCAGUGCAGAAUUGUGGCUCUAGAUCUCCGAGGGCAUGGAGAAACCAAAGUGAGGAAUCCUGAGGAUCUGUCUGCAGAGACUAUGGCAAAAGAUGUUGGCAACGUGGUGGAAGCUCUGUAUGGGGACCUCCCACCCCCCAUCAUGCUCAUCGGGCACAGCAUGGGGGGGGCCAUCGCCGUGCACACAGCAGUAGCAAACCUGGUGCCAAGUUUACUGGGGCUCUGCAUGAUCGAUGUGGUGGAAGGUACAGCCAUGGAUGCACUGAACAGCAUGCAGAACUUCUUAAGGAGUCGUCCCAAAACAUUCAAGUCACUGGAGAAUGCCAUUGAGUGGAGUGUAAAAAGUGGACAGAUAAGAAACCUUGAAUCUGCCAGAGUGUCUAUGGUCGGUCAAGUCAAACAGUGUGAAGGGGCUGCAAGCCCUGAAUGUCCUAAAGCCAUAGUGGAGGGUAUUAUUGAAGAAGAGGAAGAGGAGGAAGAGAAUGAGGAAGGGGGAGGCUCUGUCAACAAAAGGAAGAAAGAAGAUGACACAGAGACAAAGAAGGAGCACUUAUACACGUGGCGAAUUGAGCUGGCAAAAACAGAGAAGUACUGGGAUGGCUGGUUCAGGGGCUUGUCAAACCUCUUCCUCAGCUGCCCAACGCCAAAGCUCUUGCUUUUAGCUGGUGUUGACAGGCUGGAUAAAGAUCUAACAAUUGGACAGAUGCAAGGGAAGUUUCAGAUGCAGGUCCUCCCACAGUGUGGCCAUGCAGUCCAUGAAGAUGCUCCAGACAAGGUUGCUGAAGCUGUUGCAACGUUCCUGAUCCGUCACAGGUUUACAGAGCCCAUCGGUGGAUUCCAGUGUGUGUUUCCUGCUUGUUAAUACCCUGGUGUUCUCCAGCACUGAGUCCUGUUGUAAAUAAACUGCACCAGAGGCCACUGUGAUGUAUCCAUAUCCUUUCAUCUCUCCAGUUCAGCGGCAGUGAGAAGUUGGUGUGAGAUCCAUCCCCCUUAGAACUAGCUCUCCAGAAUGUGUCAAUGUUUAGGGACUUCCUUGCUGGGAAGCAGCUUGAACUGAAGGCCAUGAGAAGCUCUUCAGGCCCUCAGAAGUGGGCUCCCCUCUGCUGCCACAAGGAAAGACCUCCUGAAAUCCCAAGUAGUUGAUCAUAACUCCAUCGAUUCUCAGGCUUUCUUGGACCCAACUGCAAAGGGGCUGUUGGCAGUCCAGAUCCACCGAGGGCAUUGCAGCAUAGCCAAAGGCUUCAGGAUUUCUCCAUGGAAUUGUCUCAUCAUCGUCUUUGAAGCACCCCUUAGGUUUGCUUUUAUACACACGUUUCUUUCCCCUAAAGCAACAAGGAAUUGGCUUCAUUGGGAGCUCAGGUUUUGCCUCACCAAUGCCAACCUUAUGGGUUAAGCUGCAGGAAGAGCCCAGAUGCUGUUCCCUAAGCAAGGCUGGAUGGGACUGUAAACCAAAAAGAUGAGGGGGGACCCUGAGCACCAUUCCCGAGUCUUACAGCUUUCUUAAUGCUCAUUUCAAGCUCUUGCUGAGAAAACCAUCCUGGAUAACUCCAUCUGCUGCAGAAGGUAACAGGCAGGAGCCUCUGGGCUCAGGUUUAUGGGUGAGACCCAAGAGCAGCACUAACAACAUGCUCAACAGGCCUGGGAUGUGUUCCUGCCUCCCUCCUUCGCGCUGCUACACACAACUGAGCAGAGAUCAGCACCUUUUGGAUGAAAGAAAUGGAAGAUGCUCAUGAAAUAAAACCCUGGAGGAGUUUGGGGCCUGUCCUGAUGCUGCAGAGGUGGAGCUGCUGCUCAUUGCUCCAGUACUCCCCAGUAUUGGAGGAAAGACCUUGUUUUCACUGUCACCCUCGACCAGUUCACUGCCUGCCUUGCAGAUACCCAUGUAAAUGCCAUAGUUGCAUGGAGAGCUUUGCUUCAGGGUUCAAUGAUCCACAGACACUUUGCCAGGUUGCUGAAAGCAAUCACUCAAGAGCAAGCAAACACAUGUUGGAGCAGUUU